GACGUACUCACUAGUCAAGAGACAGCUGGCCGACCCGUAAAACGUACGUGGAUGGGAAAGCGUAUCUCCAAACAAAUAUCUCCGGAACAGUUGACUUUGACCGUUCAAAGGGGGUUGAAGGCCGUCUUGUCUCUUGAGCAACCGAAGAGUUCGAGAUCAGGGCUCGACAAAGAGCACAACCGGAGCCGACGACGACGAGAUCGAAGCAGAGAGAGAGAGAGAGAGAUGGAGGGGCGGAACCUGAGCGGGUUCUUGAUCGGAUGCCUGGGGACGGCACUGACGCUGGGCGCCUACUCACAGACGCUCGUCUCCUCCACGCAGUGCAUCGCCAUCGGCCUCCUCAUCCUCAUGUUCGGCCUCUUCGUCAAAGAAGGUUUCCUCUCCCUCUGAAACCGCUCAACUCCUUUCAGUCUCGUGAGGAAGACAUGAGCUGACUCCAAGUUAUACUCCUCUGCUGCUUCUUAUCACACGUAGCACUAUGUUUGACCUUUUGAUCUGUAAUAAUAACUUGAAGCAGAACGAUACCAAGUAGAAUGAAAGAAAGGGAGUCCCAUUUUCUUCUAUGA